CUCCUAAUCUCUCUACCUUUCAUAAAUUUCUUAUUCAUUCUCAAACCAAUCAUUCACUAAACCCAUUAUUGAAAAUUUUGCAUUCUCAUCCUCCACACUCAACCACCCAAAUCCAAUAUUUAAUAGUAUUCUUUUUUGCUUUUGUAUUGGAAACGCUUUCUUCUUCUUCUUCUUCUCUUGAUUGCUUAUACUUUAUUAAAUCUACAUGUGCAUGCAAUUCUCUACAGAUCCAACUUCACUGCUCUAUUCUUUUCUCUCUGCCAUGAAAUUAUAAACCAGCAUUUUCCUGGAAAAAAAAAUUAUAAAGAAGAAACUAACAGAGCUGCAUAAACCCAUCAAUGGAUUCUCAAGUAGAGCCAAAAAAGGUGGAUGCUUCCCUUUCAUCUUCUUCUUCUUAUUGGAUUGGAAGAGUCGCUUCUCUGCAGCAUUUCGUCGAAAAGCCAAUGGAUGAACGGCUGAUGAGAUUUACUGACAGUGAAUGGAAGGAAGUGGAAAAGCGUUUCAACCGGCUGGCAUCUGCCGGAAAUGGCCCUGAGCCGGUUGUCAAGUGGUCGGAGUUUGGCUUUUGUAUAGGAAUGCAGCAGUCUCCAGAAUUUGCUAAAGAGGUCUUAAUGGCAAUAAGAGGAAGAGAAUAUUAUAAAUUUGAUAUCACAAGAAAAGAACUCCAUAGUUACUGGCAUCGCUUGACUGAUCCUAGUUUCCAAUCAAGAGUCAAAAUUUUCUUUGACAUGUGCAAUAGAAAUAAAGAUGGAAAAAUUAAUGAAAUGGACAUCAAGCAGGCUAUUUUGCUAUCUGCUGCAGCAAAUAAAUUGUCUCUAACACAUGAGGAAGCACAUGAAUAUGCUGCUUUGAUAAUGGAAUCUCUUGACACUGAAGAAAAGGGAUUUAUUGAGCCGCAUCAACUAGAAACUCUGCUUAAAGCAAGCUUAUCAUCAUCAUCAUCACCACCUACUGGUUAUCAUCAAACCAAUGAAAAAGACCCACGUGGAAAAACUAUGUCGAGGUCUGAAAUCAUUUUCCGAUCAUAUUGGAGAAGAGGAUGGAUAGUGGUGCUGUGGUUGGUGAUUUGCUUCUCACUGUUCACAUGGAAAUUCAUACAGUACAGGCAUAGAACAGCUUUUGAAGUGAUGGGUUAUUGCCUUUGCACAGCCAAAGGAGCAGCUGAAACCUUGAAAUUUAAUAUGGCUUUAAUUCUUCUCCCCGUUUGUCGGAAUACCAUCACUUGGCUUCGCCGGAAACCAACUCUCAAUUCUUUUAUACCUUUCAAUGAUAAUAUCAACUUCCACAAGGUGAUUGCAGGGGGCAUAGUGGUAGGUGUGAUACUCCAUGGAGGAACUCAUCUUGCUUGUGAUUUCCCAAGAAUAAGUGGUUCAAACCAAUCAAUUUUCCGGCAAACAAUAGCCGUCCGAUUCGGGUAUCAUCAGCCAUCAUAUAUUCAAAUAUUAGCCACAACAGAAGUGGCUACUGGAAUUGCCAUGGUCAUGCUAAUGACAGUUGCAUUUUUACUAGCAACAAAAUGGCCUCGCCGGCGUUCACCUUCUCUCCCCAGCUCCAUACGACAUGUCACUGGUUAUAAUACUUUCUGGUACUCUCACCACUUGUUCAUUCUUGUCUAUGCCUUGCUCAUUGUUCACUCCAUGUUCCUCUUCCUAACCGACAAUAUAACUGAAAAAACGACAUGGAUGUACAUUGCCUUUCCGGUUACGCUAUAUGCAGCCGAACGUUUUGUUCGAGCACUAAGAUCAGGGUUUUAUGAUGCAAAAAUUAUCAAGGUAAUGAUUCAUCCAGGCAAGGUUUUGUCCCUCAAGCUGCAAAAACCAGAAGGUUUCAAGCACAAGAGUGGGAUGUAUAUCUUCAUACAAUGUCCUCAAAUUUCUUUAUUUCAAUGGCACCCUUUUUCAUUAACUUCAGGACCAGAGGAUGAUCACUUAAGUGUCCAUAUCAGAACUUUAGGAGACUGGAGUUAUCAAAUAUACAGUCUCUUCCAAGAGGCAGUACUAUCCAGGACUAAGGAGUAUCCAAAAAUAUACAUUGAUGGACCCUAUGGAGCGGCUUCUCAAGAUCAUGUCAAGUAUGAUAUAGUAAUGCUAAUUGGACUUGGCAUUGGAGCCACACCUUUCAUUAGCAUUCUUAAAGAUGUUGCAAAUGGUCUCCACCAAAAGGCAAAUUGUGGAGAAUGCAACAUUGCAAAAGGCCCUUUAAAAGCCUAUUUUUAUUGGGUUACAAGAGAACAAAGCUCCUUUGAUUGGUUUAGGGAUGUCUUGUGGGAAAUAUCAAAGACAAACCAAAAGCAGUCUGUGAUAGAAAUGCACAACUUCUUAAGCAGUGUUUAUGAAGAAGGGGAUGCAAGAUCUGCUUUGAUAAGUGCUAUGCAAGCAUUAUAUCAAGCCAAGAAAGGCAUUGAUAUUGUUUCCUGGACUCAGGCACGUACGCAAUUUGGUCGUCCAAAUUGGUUCAAUAUUUUUUUCAAAUUGGCAAAAAAACAUAGAGGAGAACGAAUUGGAGUUUUCUACUGCGGCCCAUCAACACUUGCAAGGGAGUUGAAGACGCUGUGCGCCAAAUUCUCAACCAAAACAACUACUAGAUUUGUAUUUCACAAGGAGAACUAUUAGAUAUUUAUAUUCAAUGUAUUAGCCAUGCAUGUAUAGAAUCCAAUAAAAUUCUUAAAUGCUCAAUUAUUUUAUAUAUAAUAAAACG